AUGGUUAACAAGUUCAAAAUCAAGGCAAAGCCAAAGAAGACGAAAUCGGCUGGAACCGAGAAAAUUAACGAAGAAAAAUCUUCCGAAAACGAAGGAGAUGACCAAAGACCCUGCGAAGAUUCCAAAAAUUCGCCCGAUUCGGGAUUCUCUUUUGAAUCUGGAGAAGAACAGGUGGCUCCGGAAACCUCAACGUCCCAAGAACAAGAGAAUGGAGUGAUUGGCUUCGAAAAAGAAGAAGAAAAAGAAGAGACCAAUUCAGUGGUGAGUUUUGUUUCGGAAGUUUUGAAGUGUGAUAUUUUCUCAAGAAAAGAACAUCAAUUAAUAAUUUUAUUCCAGACUUCCGAAAACGGAGCAGAUGACCAAAGAUCAGUUAAGUACCACAGCCACCAGAAUUCCGAAAGAUCACCGGAUUCAGCACCUGGUUCCAGUUUUGAGGUCGUUUCAACACAAUCCUCUGAUUCUCCUUCCACUGUUAGUCAAGAAUCCGAUGUGGUCCAAGAAGAAGGAAGUGGACUACAAGAGGUUUGUUUCUUAUUUAUUUUUCGAAUAAACUUAUCAAUUUCUUGUUUUCAGGUCCCUGAAACGGACGAUGGUAGGACGGAUCCUCUACAGAAGGCAACGGAACCAGACGUUUCAGAAGAACGACCGGAAAUCCUUCACGACGAAGAUGGAGUUGUUGCUCCAGAAUCAAGAGCUGAAACCAGUGAUGAAGAGGAGAAGAACGAUGAGAAAAUCCGUGAAUAUUUGCUCUGGUGGGAGAAGAAAGACAAAGUAUCUAAUGUUCAAGAAUCCACUUCUAAACCUCCGAACACCAAUUCUACCGAGGAAUAUGUAGUUGAGGAGCCAAAAGAAGCUCAAGCUUCUUCAAAUCUGUCAAACGAAUUUCCAAGAAACGAAGAUUCUGAAAGUCGGAACUGUCAGAGCCACAUCAGCAAUUCUUCCGAGAAUGCUGUAGCACCCACAGAAAUUCAAGUUUCUCAAAAUUCAUUGAAUGAAAUUUCAACGAAAAAGGAUUCUGAAAGUCAAAGAUGUCAAGGCCAGAACUGGAUUCAAAGCCAACAAUCAAGUCGAGCUCCCAAUCCAUUCCAAAAUCUAUAUACCAACCAAUCCAAAGACCGAAAUGGCUAUCAACCUCGUCCAACGGUUCGUCGAUAUGUUUUUCCCCGUCUUAACAAGCCACCUCCAAAUCAAGCUGAGGCAUCGGACACUGACGAGGACGACAGUUACGAUGACAUGCCAGACAUGAAGUCAGUUGAAGAGAGAGAAGCUGAAAUUCGGAGAGCGGAAAGAAGCCGGCUGCCAGCUCACGAUCCAUUUGGAGGACCAGCACCAAGAGCGGAUGUUCCCCGAUACUCAUUCGGAGUUCAACAGCAAGGUUACUCUGGAGAAAGAAAUCCAAGUCCUGAGGGAUCUUGGUCACGAGGAUCUGGAUCGGAUAGAGGAGGAAAUCGGAUGUACCAAGAGCCAGAUCGACAAGAUUAUGAAAGAGAUGAGCGAAUCCAAGGACGGAACAACUAUGGAUACUCUCGAAAUGGCUCCAACUCGAAUCUACAAGACAGAGGUCCGUAUCGUGAUCAAAGUUUCAAUGAUGUUAGAAACAACUACGGAUACCAAACGGGGCCUCCAGUACGGGAUCAACGGAGGGAUUACGGUAGAUCCGGAGAAAGAAGGGAUCCUGGAUAUCAAGACGGUAGGAAACAACGAGAUCGCUAUGAUGGGUCACAAGGAUCAUAUAGAAAUGAAUCACCGAGAAAAGGAUAUGAAAAUUGGAACCAAAAUGAGAAUCGAAGAGACGAAAGAGACUCUAACCGAAAUUACUGGAAUGGCUCACCUCGGCUUCCAGAGAACCAAAUAGGUGACAGAGAAUUAGUUGAAGAGGCUUUCCGGAUGACUGGAAUAGGUCGUCAGUCGUCCAGCCAGUCUUCUGGAAGCCAAAAGUCCGAAAUGAACUUCCAGCAGAGAUCCCAAGGACCAAGUCAGCCUGCUCCGUCUCCACAACGUCGACCACAACCAUCCCAAGCUCCGGCGCAAUCUUCUCAACCAACCCCCAUCCAACGCUCAGAAGAUUCCAUCAGACGAUAUUUUGGUGAUCCGACGCCUGUUCCAGCUCCACAGAACCGGAUUCAACCAGUUGUCUUCAAUCGGAAUCCCAUUCCUCCUCAACCACCACGUCCGGAAAGUCCGAAAAAGGAGAAGCAGUGUGAGAAGAAGAAAGAAGAGUCAAGAGAAGAAGCAGAAGCUCGACGAAGAGAGGAGAUUCGGCUGAAUGAGGAAUUCCUUCGAAACGAGGGACAACGAUAUGUGGAGGAGGAUCGACUGAUCCAACAAUCAAAAGACGCCAUGGCUGAGAGGAAUCGAUUCAAUCCGAGACCAAGCACAUCAGCAGGCUACUCCACCAAUCAAGGAUACCAUUUUGAGGAUCGGAAUUAUCCACUGAUGAAUGGUCCGUCGACGAGUGGUGGUCCUUGGAACAACCCCCAGCAAACCUUCCGACCGUAUCCAGCUAGCACUCCUAGUGAGAAUGGACACUACGGUUCACAGCAGCAGAGUUCCGUAUACCCACAAAAUUGGGCUCCGAAUAAUGGUCAUCCGGGAUCGGUGCCGACGCAGGGCUACGAAAUUCAAGGAUACCAACAAAAUUUCGGUCCGGAUCGCGGCCAGCAGGGACAGAUGCCGCCCCAGUUCUACAGCAAUCAAGGAUACGGCAAUCAAAACAGUUAUGCUCCACAGCCUGCUCCGAUGCCUCCUCUUCAUAUGCCACCAGAGUUCCAGCCACCAGGAAGUUUCCCUCCAGAAAGACAACCUUCUCGAUUGCUCAUCUCCCACCACACUCCAAGAGAAUACGUCAUUUCGGAGAUAAUGAGCUUUUUGAGGAGAAAUGAACAAGCCGGCUAUCCGGUUUAUCUGGUGACGUUCCAACAAGAAAUGCCACUCGAUCCGGCAUUCAAUGUUUUUGCCUUCAUCCAACAGGAGAUGAAGUCGUCAGUAAGGAUUGGCUACUCUCCCAACCCGGAGAUGCAUCAAUUUUAUCUUCGUCUUUAA